AUGUGUGCAGAGAAGUACCUGCAAUUUAAGCUAUACAAGGAUGAUUUUCUCCCCUUUGUAUGCGAUGGCUGUUCAGGUGUCUUUUGCCUUCAGCACAGGAGCCGGGAUGCUCAUGGAUGUUCUGAGGUGAAUAUAAAGAACAAUCCUCUGCAACCAGAUCAGCACAGGUCUUACCCAUGCUCAUACAAGGACUGCAACGGAAGGGAGCUUUUGCCAGUUCUGUGUCCCUACUGUGAAAAACAUUUUUGUCUAAGACACCGGCAUCAAUCAGACCAUGAAUGUGAGAAACUGGACACACCAAAACCUCGAAUGGCUGCCACCCAGCAGCUAGUUAAAGAUAUUAUAGAUUCUAAAAAAAGUGAGGAAGCAAAAAGCAAAAAACGUAAAGGAGCGAAAAACAGCGAGACAGCAGCAAAAGUGGCAUUAAUGAAACUGAAAAUGCAUGCGUGUGGGGACAAGUCCUUGCCUCAGACAGAAAGAAUUUACUUUGAAGUAUUUUUACCAAAGGGGAACAAAGAGAAGAGCAAGCCCAUGUUCUUUUGCAGUAAGUGGAGUAUUGGCAAAGUAGUAGAUUUUGCAGCUUCCUUAGCAAGCCUUAAAAAUGACAACAACAAAUCAACAUCCCAAAAACUGAGGUUAUGCCAUAGUGCCUCUGGAGAAGCCUUGCCAUUUGAGCACACAUUGGAAGCGUGGCUGGCUGAUAAAGACUGUCCAUUGUACAAUGGUGGAAAUAUCAUUUUGGAGUAUCUUGAUAAUGAUGUUCUAUUUAUAGAAGAUACAGAGUCGUACUGUAGUUAAUCAGUAAAUUAUCACAAACAAAAAAAAAACCAAAGAUUUU